UCCCUCCAUCGUUGCAGACAUGCCGAAGUUGGCAACAUUUUCUUGGGCAAUCUUGCUUGUCCUGAUUGCCGCAGUGUUAUCUCCUGCUGCAGCCUACAAUGUUGUCAACUUCGGUGCACGAGGGGACGGGAGGACCGACUCGACUGCAGCCUUUCUCCGUGCGUGGAAGGCAGCGUGCAGCUCCGCUACACCGGCUGCAGUAUCGGUCCCUAGGGGCACGUACUUGGUGAGAUCGAUAUGGUUUACGGGCCCGUGCAGGAGCCGUAUCCUGUUUGAAAUAAGUGGAACCAUUGUCGCCCCGAAUAACUAUAAUGAUAUCGGCAAAUCUGAGUUUUGGAUAUUGUUCUAUAAAGUCAGCAGGUUAACAGUUGUUGGGGGGACAUUGGAUGCUAAAGGUUCCAAGUUCUGGUCUUGUCGACGGGGCGGAAACAAUCACUGCCCUGUCGGGGCGAGGUCGAUAGCAUUCCAAACGUGCAGCAAUGUUGUCGUUAGUGGUUUGACAUCGUUGAACAGCCAGACAAUUCACAUUGGCAUUAACGAGUGCAGCAACAUCAAGAUACAGAAUGUGAAGAUCAUUGCACCGAGUGGGAGCCCCAACACGGACGGCAUCCACAUUGCAUCCUCCCGCGGUAUCACAAUCACCAGCAGCACGAUUAGGACCGGAGACGACUGUGUAUCUGUCGGCCCUGGAUCGAUGAACGUGUAUAUGGAGAAAAUCGGAUGUGGCCCUGGACAUGGCAUCAGCGUUGGGAGUCUGGGCAAUAGUUUCAAUGAAGAGGGAGUGCAGAACGUGACGGUAAUAAAUUCUGUCUUCACAAAGACAGACAACGGCGUCCGUGUGAAAUCGUGGGCGAGGCCAAGCGGUGGCUAUGCGAAGAAUCUCAACUUCAAGAAUCUCAUCAUGAGGAAUGUUGCCAACCCCAUAAUCAUAGAUCAAAAGUAUUGCCCUGAUUACAGAUGCCCUCAUCAGAGCUCUGGAGUGAGAGUGAGUCAAGUGACAUAUAAAAACAUAAAGGGGACGUCGUCGACACAGGCUGCCAUGACGUUCCGGUGCAGUUCGAGCAAUCCAUGCAGUGGGAUCAAACUGCAAGAUAUCAAGCUGACUUAUGUGAAUACUUUGAGAAGGCCAACAGUUUCAUACUGUGAAAAUGCAAGAGGAUCCAGCAGUGGUUCUGUGUUUCCAAGAAGUUGCUGGUAGCAUGUUGGGGAAUUAAUAUUUCAUGUACAGAUUUGAGACUUUGAUACAAUUUUUGUUUUUGUUUUUGGCUAAGUUGUGGAAGGGCACUUCUCUCUGUGCCUGAACGCUGAUAGCUAAUAAUAAUGUUUGUGCUUGAACUUGGGUUUAAUUGUAUUUUACCCAUUGUGAAAUUUAAACACUAGAUAUAGAAAUUCCUUCAAAUGAAAAAAAAAAAUAACAGCGCGA